AUGGCGGCAACGCGAAGCCACUAUCACCAGAGCCGUGGCGCCAUCGUCGUGUACAACGCGGGGGAUCGCGUCUCACUCGAGAAGGCGGCCGGGUGGAAGGCGGACAUUGACGCGAAGGCGACGUUUGGUGACACCACGCUGCCCAUUCCGGCUAUCCUCGUGGGCACCAAGUACGACUGCUGCUGUUGCUGCUGCUGCUGCAGCGACAACAGCCACAACACCAGCGGCAGUGGCCGGGUCUCUUCCUCCUCAGGCCGCGCGUCGUUGCACGCGAACAACGACACUCUGACAGGCAAAUAUGCCUACCCGACAACGAUGGCGGUGCUGCCAGUGCGGGCAGCGCUUACGUCACCAGUGGGAGGUGCAGGACUUCUGCAACUUGUACCGCUUCGUCGGGCACUUCUUCACCUCAGCCAAGACGGGGCAUCGGGUUGGAGGCGGCAGUUGAGUUCCUCGUUGCUGCUGUGCUCAAGAUGGAUCCCCUGUCUCUCUCGUCCCCCGACAUCCGUCGCGUGCGCUUCAUAG